AUGCCUGCCAAGGUGCUGGCCGCGGACGAUUGGUUCGAGGUGUCCCUCGUCAAGCAAACCACUUCAACGAUCACCUUCCGGUGGACGUUCCGCAACCCGCUCGAUGUGCUUUACGACCUGUUCAAGAUCGAGAAGUGCUACAGCGUGAAGCGCGACCGAUGGCAAACGGUGCACUGGGGCACGGCGGCCACCUUGACGGUGCGUAACCUGGAGCAGAACCUGUGCUACUCGUUCCGGGCCAGCGUCCUCCAUCAGCCGACGGAUGGGGCCUUUCAGUACGUCUACCAGUCGCCCAUCUUCAAGGCCUGCACCUGCACCCUGCCGAACGUGGGAACGAUGGGUAUCUACAGGGCGGUGAAGAAGUGUCAACCAACUCUCGUCCGACGGUUGCUGUACGCGGCCCCCGAGCUCGUUAACGUCCCGGUACACGGUGAAACCUUCCUCUACCUGGCAGUCCGCAGUGGCAGUUUGGAGCUGGUAAAUGCUCUGCUCGAUUCCGGCGCGAACAUCGAUCUCGGCGUGCCGGACACGAACGUCACGCCACUGCACCUGGCAGUGUACGGGCGCAACCUGACGAUCCUGCGACACCUCAUCGAGCGGGGCGCCAAUCUGCAUGCCCAGAACUGCGUCGGAAUGGGCAUCGGCCACUACGCUAUCGACACGGACGAUCUGGCGAUGGUAAAGUACGUACUCGGGCAGGGCAUUAGUCUGGAGACGCGCGAUCGGUGGUGCCACUGGACGCUGAUCUUUCGGGCGCUGUAUAUGGGCGCAUCGGUGGAUAUCGUGCGUCACCUGCUGGAGCGCAAGUGCCGGUUGAAGGUGAAGGAUCGGUUGCGGCUCACGCCGCUCUACUACGCUAACAUGCUGGGCCAGGAGGAGAUCAUUCGAUUGCUGCGCCGUCGGUUGAAGAUUUAACGGAGAACAAGGCCAGCUUUCAAAGACAUUCGCAGACUGAUGAGUAACGUACUCCGCAAUUAUAUAAGCCAAGAACUGAAGACGAUUCAUCGCUUUUCAACAAUCCGCUGGAAAGUUUGAUGUUCGGCACUACCAGAUACCCGAGGGCAUUAACAAAAAGUACUUUUUUCAAUAUUGAAACUAUUCGAGAGACUGAUUGAGUCCCAUAUUCUGUCUGUUGCUAACGCGAUGGAUUGAAGCUAGGAUCACUACUAGGGUCCCUACUAGGGUGUGGUUGUAGUUAUAUAGUUUAGUUUAAUACCAAAAGCCAGUUCCAACGACCCAAAUGAAAUGCCGCUGACGAAUUCUUGAACAAACUAAUAAAGUGAUGAAGGAAUAAAAGUUCCAUUGGGGGGCCCUAGAUAGAGUAGAAGAUGAUGCUUUCGUACUUCCGGUCAAUGGAACGUUCGAAGAAGAAAUGUGUUUGAAAGAUGGAUCGUGUAAUUUAUUACAUGACCAUUACCUUUCGUUUAAACUAUAGCCUUCACAGACCUUUUCUGAACCCCAGGUGGAACCCAACACGAUGGACGACUUGUAUGUGAAGGAUAUCCAUCUUUAUUUACAAUUCACAAGAUAUUUCGAGUCUACACUCGAGCACGCAGAAACAUACUCGAAGCUAAGCGCGUCCGAUAGACUCCGUUUUUGCGUCAGGCCUAACCUACGAACGGUCCUAUAACCUCCCAGAAUGGAUUUCACUGUCAAUCGAUGUUUUGCCUGUGUUUGUGUGCAUCUGUGUGGGUUGUUUUAAAUAAAAUUA